GAACAGUCUGCACAAUCCUCAUCAUGUCUGCCCUUCGUCUCGUCUCUUCUGCCGCCCGGAGGGCACCAAAGGCCUUCGCCUCUGGUCGACGCGGCUACGCUGAGGCUGCUGACAAGAUCAAGCUCUCCCUGGUCCUCCCUCACCAGGCCAUCUUCACCUCGACCGAGGUGGUUCAAGUCAACAUCUCCGCGGCAACUGGCGACAUGGGUAUCCUCGCCAACCAUGUCCCGUCAAUCGAGCCUUUGCGUGCUGGUGUCGUUGAGGUGAUUGAGCCUGGCAAUGCGUCGAAAAAGUGGUUUGUUUCUGGUGGCUUUGCUACCGUACAUCCCAACAACAAAUUGACCAUCAACGCGGUGGAGGCAGCACCCCUCGAGGACUUCUCGCCUGAGGCCGUUCGCGCGAAUCUGCAGGAGGCUCUCAGGGUUGCAAGUGGAAAUGGCUCAGAAGAGGACAAGACGGAGGCUCGCAUAGAAGCGGAUGUGUACGAAUCGCUGCAGCAUGCGCUUGGCUCGAAGUAAUGUCGCAACCAAUCUGCUGUGAUGUCCAUUAUGUAGAUUUUGCAUCCGUUGUCCUAACCUUCGGCUGCAUAUACCUGACGUGGCCUUACGCAAGCUGAUUUGCCUCGAGAGGGCUGCUGUGCC